UGAUCGGCAAUGCACCCACACCGACACACACACACUGACGCACACGAAACGCACGUGCUGACGGCUUUGUUCGUUUUUUAUUGGAUUCGCCGCUGCCAGCUCCAACCAGUUCACCUUCUUUGGUCACUCCGGCCUGCACCGCACCAGCUCCAGCUCCGCUCCGCCCCAGCUACUGCAUAGUUUCGCUCGUUUCGCGAUGGGUAAGAACAAGCGCAACAACAAAAACAAGAAGCAGCCGGCUGCUGGAGCUGCCGGUGGGGGUGAUGCUGCCGCUGCGAAGAGCGACUCUAACGGAACUGUUCCAAGCAACUCCAAUGGGAACCGGGCGAUACCUGAACUCAGUUACCGGCCCAGGAGACAGCUAAACGAGCUGGUGCUGAAGCUGCUGGCACUUGUGGAGGUGCAGCCGGAAAAUCCCAAGGAGGAGUGGAAUCAGUACGUCCAGAUUCAGGACCUGCUGCAGAGGAUCAUCGAACUGGAGGAGCCCAUCAGGCUGGCAUCCGAGACGGGCUCUUCUGCCGGCGACCGGCUGGCCAAGGUGGAGCGCUUCAAGGAGUGGGCCGAGAGCAGAGGCGUUGUCAACACGGCCGUGGAGAUAGCCACCAUCCCCGGCUACGAGCUGGGCCUGAAGGCCACCCGCGACAUCCAGGCCGAGGAGAAGGUGCUCAGUGUGCCGCAUCACACGAUCUUCUCGAUGGAAUCCCUGCCCGAAUCGGAACGCAAUCUCAUCGACAACUUCUCGGCCCUGGGCAACCUCAAGCUGGUCUACGCCCUCAUUAUCGAGAGGGCGCGCGGCGACCAGAGCCCCUGGAAGCCCUACCUCGAUGUCCUGCCCGCCCAAUACAACACCGUCCUGUACUACACCCCCGACCAGAUGCAGAGGCUGCAGCGCACCUCGGUCUGUUCGGAGGCUGUGCGUCAGUGCCGGCUGAUAGCACGCCAGUACGCCAAUAUGUACACGUGUGCCCAUGUCCCGGCGAAGGCCACUGGCACGGAGGUGGCCAACAAGGGCGCCUACUUCACUGCCCAUGGAGUCUGCUACGAGGUAUACCGAUGGGCCGUGUCGACGGUGAUGACCCGCCAGAACCUGGUUCCCCGCAAGUUCCACGUGAAAGAUGAAUCCGGGCAAGAGAAUGUGCUGGAGGAGGAACCCGUCUCGGCCCUGAUUCCGUUCUGGGACAUGGCCAAUCACGGGUCCGGCAAGAUCACCACCUUCUUCGACCACUCCGCCGGAGAGGUGUCCUGCAACGCCCAGCAGGCCUAUUCCGCCGGAGAGCAGUUCUUCAUUUACUACGGAGAUCGGUCCAAUGCCGAGUUUUUGGUGAACAACGGGUUCGUCGAUCCCGACAACCACAACGACUAUGUGAACAUCCGCCUGGGACUGAGUCCCACGGACCCGCUGGUCGAGAAGCGGGCCAGCAUCCUGUCUGCCUUGGGCAUCAAACGUAGGGUGGAGCUACGGGUUCUGCCGGCUCCCGUGUACAUUCACGGCGACCUGCUGGCCUUUGUCCGGGUCUUCAACAUGAGCGCCGAGCAGCUGGAGCACUGGACCAGCAACCUGGAGAGGGCGAGGGAUCUGCAGUACAUCGACUGCGCCCUGGAGACGGACCACGAACGCAGCACCUGGCAGUAUCUGUACGAGCGCUUGAAGCUGCUGCUGGCAUCCUUCGAGGCCUCCGCGAAAGCCACGAACAGUGAGCCAGAGAGCAAGGACUCUGAUCGGGAGAUCGACCAGAUCAUUCAGCAGUACCGUCGCCAGGAGAGGAGCAUCCUUGCCGGAGCCUUGCAGUAUGUUCAGGAGCAUUGCAAGGUGUAAUGGGAAGGGGAAGAACCACAUCACUGAGCCUCACACACAACCACAACCACACACCCACACCCACACACAAUUCGAGUGGCCAUCGAAAGAAAAAUCAACAUACUUUAGCCUUAGCAGUUAACUGUUUUUAAACUUAAUUUAUAUGAAUUUUUUUUUAAAACCAAAUGAAACCAAAAUAUUAUUAACGACCACAUUGAAGAGGUAGCUGGACCGUGUACCUCACAACUAUUCAUCGUCAUCACCGAAUAUCGGAAUACUCCUCGCGAUUUUAUGCUCGUCUACGUCAAAUAUUUCAAGUGUAAAGCGUCUAAUUGUUUUGUGUUUGUUUAUUUAAUCUUAAUUUAAUCGAUUUUAUUGUAUUGGAAUUAUAUAUGAAGUGAAAAGCA